GCUGUCCUGACAGAGCACAGUGCAGGGUGUGUUUGAUUUUUGUCUCAGAGCAGGAUGAUUGUUGUGAAGCAAGUGGUGCUGCUGCUGCUGCCGCUGCUGGCGGUGAUCGGCACAGACGCGGCGCCGGGCCCCGGAGACUGUAGACGUCUGACCAAAAUGCUGUCAACAAAAGACUUUCACAAGAUUGUAGGGGACUGGGUUCUGGUGUGGUCCGUCUCUGAUUACCAGCAAGGCUCUGACCGGCUGGGAAACCUCUCCAGCUCCUACAUGGAGCUCCAACUCCUCCCUGACAACAAAACCAUCGUGUUCAACGAGAGGAACAUGUUCCUUAAUAGGCAGUGUUUUAUGUAUGGUUUCAACGUAUCGAUGCCCUUUGGCCCCUCCGAAUACCACACACUGCACAUCAUCUCUGCCUUGGCGGAGAAUUUUAUCUAUGAGAACUGCUCCGACUGUCUGGCGGUGCUCUACAGAGGCAAAAUGGCCAACACAAGCAAAGUGGGCCGAUUCCUGCUCAUCUACAGGAGGGAGGGGCACCAUCAGGAUGUUGAGCUGUUGAAAGCGGCACACAGCGAUCAUAAGAAACUGGCAGAGUGUCUGGGAUUUCCUCACGACAAACCGUUCAGCUACGACGGAGCUACAGGUUCUUGUCAUUUGAAAUCUUCUCCAUAUGGUAACUUGGAGACCAUAGAGAGACACGCUAUCCAUGCAGAAAAAUUCCUCAAAGAUGAGCAAAGGAAGAAAGGUGCGCAGCUGACGGACAGAUUACAGAUGGCGCAGCUGAGGCGUAUGAGAAUCAGAACAGAGGCUGGGACCAAGGCCGACGAGGACGUGGAGAAAGGGGAAGACGACGAGGAAGAGGCCAUUCCAACGGCCAAACAGGAUUCAGCAGCAGUAGCAAAGAGUCUAAUACGAGAUAUCGUCCCACGCUGGGGUAUUCCAGAUAAGAUUUCCAGUGAUAACGGUACACCUUUCAUGAGCGCAGCAUUGAAGAGUGCUGCAGAGAGGAAACUGCAUGACUUGGAGCCUGGUGAUUGGAUCGUGGUGAAGGAUUUCAGACGGAAGAACUGGCGGGCUCGCAGGUGGAAUGGUCCCUACCAGAUCUUGCUCACCACUGAAACAGCUGUAAAGGUGGCAGAGAGAGCUACAUGGAUCCACGCCACCCACUGCAAAGUGGGACUGAGAGGCCACGGGGACGGGGUGCUGCUCGCUGUCAUCAUUGUCCUGUCAUCAGUCUCACUAAUGGAAACAUUCAAAUCACAACUAACCCCAGAUGAAGGAGGGGUUAAAAGGGAGGUGCCAUCCAUCUUCCCCAACAUCCCAGCUCAGCUGGAAGACAACGCAUGGUAUGCAACUAUGCUGACGACUGCCAGAAAAGUGACUAACCAGAGCUGCUACGCCUGUGUGCAGCUCCCCCAUGGGGUGGGGGAUUCCAUCCCAGUGAAACCCACACCAUUAAAUGUCUCUGAGACCCUAGGAGUCAUGGUGGCAUUCACCCGGGGGGUUACUCUGCAGAACAGAACAGUGAGAGACAUGGGAGCUGCACUCAAGCUAUGUAACAUCAGCAUCACCAACUACGACGGCUCCACAGCCAGGUUUUGGAACAUGAGCCAAAUAACCCAGCAAGGAAUUCAUUGGCCCAUCAUGUCUACCAAUCCAACAUCCCAGGCCAGUACGGCCGGCUGGGGGCCCAGGGCCUUUAUAAACCGACCUGCUUCCCUCCUCUCGUUCUGCUGUCCUGACAGAGCACAGAGCAGGGUGUGUUUGAUUUUGUCUCAGAGCAGGAUGAUUGUUGUGAAGCGAGCAGUGCUGCUGCUGCUGCUGCCGCCGCUGCUGGCGGUGAUCGGCACAGACGCGGCGCCGUGCACCGGAGACUGUGCCCGUCUGACCAAAAUGCUGCCAACAAAAGACGUGCACAAGAUUUUAGGGGAGUGGGUUCUGGUCUGGUCCGUCUCUGAUACCCAGCAAGGCUCUGACCGGCUGGGAAACCUCUCCAGCUCCUACAUCAAGCUCCAACUCCUCCCUGACAACAAAACCAUCGUGUACAACGAGAGGAGCAUGUUACUUGAUAUGCUGUGUUCUAAGCUUGAUUUCAACAUAUCGUUGAACUUUGACCCCUCCGAAUACCACACACUGCACAUCAUGUCUGCCUUGGCGGAGAAUUUUUUCUAUGAGAGCUGCUCCGACUGUCUGGCGGUGCUCUACAGAGGCAAAAUGGCCAACACAAGGAAAGUGGGCCGAUUCCUGUUCAUCUACAGGAGGGAGGGGCACCAUCGGGAUGUUGAGCUGUUGAAAGCGGCACACAGCGAUCAUAAGAAACUGGCAGAGUGUCUGGGAUUUCCUCACGACAAACCGUUCAGCUACGACGGAGUUGCAGAUUUUUGUCGUAAGAAAUCUUCUCCAGCAGCGCAGCCUGAACAGUCCUUUUUGUCUCAGAGCAGGAUGAUUGUUGUGAAGCGAGCGGUGCUGCUGCUGCUGCUGCUGCUGCUGGCGGUGAUCGGCACCGACGCGGCGCCGGGCCCCGGACACUGUGGCGUUCUGAACAAAACUCUGCCAACAAAAGACUUUCACAAGAUUUUCGGGGACUGGGUUCUGGUCUGGUCCGUCUCUGAUUACCAGCUAGGCUCUGACGUGCUGGGAAACCUCUCCAGCUCCCACGUCAAGCUCCAACUCCUCCCCGACAACAAAACCAUCGUGUACAACGAGAGGAACAUGUUCCUUGAUAAGCCAUGUACUCAGUACUUUAUCAACAUGUCGAUGCCCUCUGACCCCUCCGACUCUGACCACCACACACUGCACACCGAAGCUGCCAUGGUGGAGAAGGACGGAGUUGUUCAACCGUACAACGACUCAGGCGACGUGGAUUUCUAUGAGAGCUGCUCCGACUGUCUGGUGAUGGUCUACAGAGAGAAAGAGUUCCAGUUCCUGCUCAUCUACAGGAGGGAGGGGCACCAUCGGGAUGUUGAGCUGUUGAAAGCGGCACACAGCGAUCAUAAGAAACUGGCAGAGUGUCUGGGAUUUCCUCACGACAGACCGUUCAGCUACGAUGGAGUUGCAGAUUUUUGUCAUAAGAAAUCUUCUCCAGCAGCGGAGCCUGAACAGUCCUGAGUGAAGAUGUUGGAACAAACAAACAUCAAAGUGUCAGCAUAUAUUAGAUAUGUCAUUCACGAAUAAAAUAAAAGCAAAACAAUUACUAAAA